CUUCAUACACUCAACAACGGUGGUGACUCAGUUAGAAAGCAGUGCAAAAGAAAAGUGAAAAAGUUGUGAGAAUCUGUAAUUUGCCCUGUCAAUUUUAAUGCUAAAAUAAUUUAACAAUAAAUUAAAUAGCAAUCUAAAAUAAACAAGAAUUUACAUAAAAACAAUAAGUGCAAUUUAUUAUAAAAAUAAGAAUUUAUAGUGAAAGCAAAAGAAAAACCACAACAAAAUUUUUUACUGCAAGAAGAAAAAUAAAAGUAGAAAAAAAACAACCACAGUGAGACACCAAAAAGCAUACGCAGGCGAAAAAAAUAUCGAACGAACUGUAAUAACAGCCCAGCCCAGCUACAAAAACUUCAAGCAACGUCAAACUUUUUUUUGUAACAAUUCCUCAGAGACAAGAAGAAAUACAUAGUAAUAAAGCAACAACAAUAAAAUUACUAAAGAAGAGGUCAGCAAACUUUUCUAUGUAAUUACUCUGGAAAAUUAUAAUUCAAUUUUAAAAAACUUAAUUGGUAAUAGAAACGGCUGAAAAGAAGAAACUAAGAGAAGAGUGUCAUCAUCAGGCAGGAGCAGCAAAGAGGCAUUUACAUAUAUUUUUUAUAUACAUAGUAGAACGUAAAAUUUUAGUUUCAAAUUUGUAAACAUGUCAUCCGGUGACUUUGGCAAUCCCUUGCGUAAAUUCAAAUUGGUUUUCCUUGGAGAACAAAGUGUGGGCAAAACAUCAUUGAUUACACGUUUCAUGUAUGACAGUUUCGAUAAUACGUAUCAGGCCACAAUCGGUAUUGAUUUCUUAUCAAAAACCAUGUACUUAGAAGAUCGCACGGUACGUCUCCAAUUGUGGGAUACGGCUGGACAAGAACGCUUCCGUUCGUUAAUACCCUCCUACAUUAGGGAUUCCACAGUGGCUGUUGUCGUAUACGACAUCACCAAUACAAAUUCAUUCCAUCAGACAUCCAAAUGGAUCGAUGACGUACGUACCGAACGAGGUAGUGAUGUCAUUAUCAUGUUAGUAGGUAACAAAACUGAUCUCUCCGACAAACGGCAAGUGUCCACAGAAGAGGGCGAGCGCAAGGCAAAAGAAUUGAAUGUAAUGUUCAUUGAAACAAGUGCCAAGGCUGGUUAUAACGUUAAGCAAUUGUUUAGACGCGUAGCCGCUGCUCUGCCCGGCAUGGAUUCAACGACAGAGAACAAACCAUCCGAGGACAUGCAAGAAAUAACAUUAGAUACACAAAAAGAAACAAAAGAUCCUGAAGGAGGCUGUGCCUGCUGAAUUUAAGUUCUCUUCUAUGCCCGCUAAAACUAACGAAAAAAAACUUAAUUUUUCUUUUUGUCCAAUCAUUUAUCAACGAUUUAUAUUUGUCUGUACCACUUAAAAACAAAAUCCAAAAUAUGAAAUACCAUACAACCAAAUGACAGCAUAAAUUUUGUAUGUUGUAUUUGUGUUAAACUGCAAAUCAACCAAACCAACAGCAAACACCACUGUCCCAACAAAGUUUUUUCUUUUAAACUUUGUUAAAAAUAUGCUUAAUUUCAUUAGUAAAGUAGCUAAAACAAACCCCAACAACAACCAAUCAUAAACAUAAAAUACACACAAAAAAAAACAACAAAAUUAAAAAUUUAACUAAAAAAAUAAUAAUUGGAAUACAUCUAAGAAUGUAUUUGUGUGUGAGCGUGGUUACUUUUUUAAAAUAAUUUUGAAACUGAGAAAAAAACAAUUAACAAGGAUUAGUUUUCAUUAAUUCUAUAUUUUCCUUUAUUUUAUACCACACACACACGCAAUACAAAAUGCCCUAAAACACGGAUUCUUAACAUUCAUCUUCAAAAACACAACACUUUUUUUUAUUAAUGAUUAAGUUUAUUUAUAAAGUAAUAAAUAUAAUUAUAAUAAAAAAAACAAAACCAAUUUAAUAAAAAGUAAAAAUAACAUUCUUAAAAAACCUUUUAA